CCCCGUUGCAGUGACGACCGCAGCCCGGAGGUGUUCCGCACGCGCAUCGAGGCAGCCACCCAGAUGCAGGCGGUGCUGGGUGCUGGCGGGAAGCCCAACUGCCUGGUCAUCGACGAGAUCGACGGGGCCCCUGUGGCCGCCAUCAACGUCCUCCUGAGCAUCCUGAACCAAGGGCCACAGGAGGUGGAGCCACAGGGCCCGGCCGUGCCUUCGGGUGGCGGCCGACGGCGCCGAGCAGAUGGGGGGCUCCUCAUGAGGCCCAUCAUCUGCAUUUGCAACGACCAGUUCGCACCGUCCCUGCGGCAGCUGAAGCAGCAGGCUUUCCUGCUCCACUUCCCGCCAACUCUGCCCUCGAGGCUGGUGCAGCGGCUCCAGGAGGUCAGUGGAGCCCAGGGCAUGAGGGCCGACCCGGGGGUGCUGGCCGCCCUCUGAAAAACCGACAAUGACAUCCGGGCCUGCAUCAACACCCUGCAGUUCCUGUACAGCCGGGGCCAGCGGGAGCUGAGCGUGGGGACUGCAGCCACACGCGUGGGCCUCAAGGACCAGCGCAGAGGGCUCUUCUCGGUGUGGCAGGAGGUCUUCCAGCUGCCUCGAGCCCAGAGGCGCCGUGUGGGCCAGGACCCCGCCCCGCCUGCUGACAUACUCCUGCUGGGUGACGGGGACGUGGGCUCCCUGACCUCUGCCUCACAGCGAUUCUACCGUGUCCUGCAUGCCACUGCCUCUGCGGGCGAGCACGAGAAGGUGGUCCAGGGCCUGUUUGACAACUUCCUGCGCCUGCGGCUGCGAGACUCCAGCCUGGGCGCUGUGUGUGCGGCCCUCGACUGGCUCGCCUUCGAUGACCUGCUGGCGGGGGCUGCUCACCACAGCCAGAGCUUCCAGCUGCUGCGCUACCCACCCUUCCUGCCUGUGGCCUUCCAUGUGCUGUUCGCUUCCAGCCACACACCCAGGAUCACCUUCCCCAGCAGCCAGCAGGAGGCCCAGAACCGGAUGAGCCAGAUGAGGAACCUGAUCCAGACACUGGUGUCUGGCAUCACGCCAGCCACGCGCAGCCGGGCCACGCCCCAGGCCCUGCUCCUGGAUGCUCUCUGCCUGCUCUUGGACAUUCUUGCCCCAAGCUCCGCCCCGUGAGUGAGCACGCAGCUGUACAGCACCCGUGAGAAGCAACAGCUGGCCAGCCUGGUGGGCACGAUGCUCGCUUACAGCCUGACCUACCGUCAGGAGCGCACACCCGAUGGCCAGUACAUCUACAGGCUGGAGCCGAACGUGGAGGAACUCUGCCGCUUCCCUGAGCUGCCUGCCCGCAAGCCCCUCACCUACCAGACGAAGCAGCUCAUUGCCCGCGAGAUCGAGGUGGAGAAGAUGCGGCGGGCGGAGGCUUCUGCCCGGGCAGAGAACAGCCCGCAGGUGGACGGGAGCCCCCCAGGGCUCGAGGGUCUGCUGGGGGGCAGUGGGGAGAAAGGGGUGCGCCGACCUGCCCCACGCAACCAUGAGCAGCGGCUGGAGCACAUCAUGAGGCGAGCGGCCCGGGAGGAACAGCCUGAGAAGGAUUUCUUUGGACGUGUGGUCGUCAGGAGCACGGCAGUCCUGAGUGCAGAGGACACGGCCCCGGAGCAGGACUCAGUGGAGCAGCGCAUGGGCACGGCUGUGGGCAGGAGCGAGGUCUGGUUUCGCUUCAACGAGGGUGUCUCCAAUGCUGUGCGGCGCAGCCUUUACAUCAGGGACUUGCUCUAGUUCUCUCUGACCCGCGGACACGCCCCCGCAUUGCUUCCCGCAGAGUGCAGAGGAACGGAAACCUGGAGAUGUCUUUAUAAAGUCACACCUUUACUGACUGU